UGCCAUUGCAUUUAAUCUGCUUGUUUUUCUGGUUUUUCUAACUGCUUUUCUCCUUGACCUUGCGCUGUAUCAGCCAGUGUUUCUACCCACAACAGUACAUUAAAGUAGACUUAAUGCUUACUUUAAACUUGCUUCUACGCCUUCAGACACUGAAACCUUUGAUGUGAUGGAACUGGCAGAGCAUGUCAAGAAACAAAGAUGGUGGAACAAAAUGUUCGGCAAAAAUAACUCUGGACCUGUUGCUGAGAAGUACUCCGUUGCAACACAGUUGGCCAUUGGAGGAGUGAGCGGCUGGUGUGCAGGGUACUUGUUUCAGAAAGUUGGGAAGCUGGCUGCAUCGGCUGUCGGAGGCGGCUUCUUUUUGCUCCAGAUAGCUCAUCACACAGGCUACAUUCAAAUAGACUGGAAAAGAGUUGAGCGAGAUGUGAACAAGGCAAAGAAGCAGCUGAAGCUGAGUUCAGACAAGCCUCCUAAAGAAGUGAGAACAAAGUUUAAUGAGGUGCAAGUUUUUGUCAAGAACAACAUUGUUCUCACAGGAGGUUUCGCUGGUGGAUUUCUGAUUGGUCUGGCUUCAUAGGAUCUCUCUCAUUGUUACGUCUUAAACUCUGAGGAUGUCAUCAAACAUCAGAUUACAGCUUAUGUGUGAUAUUGCAGCUUGUAUUUAACUCAGCACUCCUUUAUUAGAUCAACAGUAGAAUGUUAGGACGUGAUCAUAAGGAAACAUUUAAGAAUGUAUGCUUUCAGUUUUUUUGAUUGUGCAUUGAUUUAGUUUGUACUUAAAGCCCCUGUUACAUUUUUGUUUAUUUGAACAUUUUGCUAUAUUAUUUUGGUACAAACUAUUUUUGACACAAGACUUAAGUCAGUUUGUUUAAGCAUGUAAAUAGUUAAAACAUUUGAAAUUGGCCCUUUAAAAACUCAUAUCUAAACUUGCGGUUUUAUGUCAUUGUGAUUAAGCUAAGUGCAUUUAAUUGUUCAAACUUGAUGUUCAAACUUUUUGUAUUAAAUCUGGACAUUACUUCAAAGACCAAGGGGUCAAUAAAAGUUGUAAUUUUAAUUAAUAAUGACAGAAAUGUUCAAAGUAAAUAGACAAUCAGGUUUUAAACAAUUCUGGUUUGCCUUUUCGUCUUUUUUUUUUGUUUUGAUUGUUGUAUUGAUAUUUAUGAAAUACAUUUCAUCUAUUUUCCUAAAUUGCAGCGAAUGCUCAGCACAUCAUGAUAUAAUAUUCCACCUAUAUUAAGUCCAGUUAGUAUUCCAGAUGUUGAAUUCAUACCUAAACUGUAUUACUAGGUUGAAUAAAUAGUGAGAGCCAGA